AUGAAUGAAGUGACUUCAGACAGCAUGCUGUCAUUCGUUACGAACACGUUGUGUUGUGAAGUCGGGACUAGUGUACCGAGAACUAUGCCUCGUGUGGUUCCCGAUCAGAGAUCAACAUUUGAAAAUGAAGAACUAUUUAGAAAACUUAGUCGUGAAUGUGAGGUGAAAUACACUGGAUUUAGAGACCGACCCCCAGAGGAGCGGCAGUUACGAUUUCAGACUGAAUGUAGGGAAGGGCAUGCGGCCUUGGCUUUUGUUUGUACGGGAACAAAUCUUCAGCUUAGUUUUUCAUCAAAUGCUUGGUCUGACAAGGAUGAAGACAGAGUAACAACGCGGGAAUUUGUAGAUUUUGAAAGAGAAGUUGGAAAGGUUCACCUAAAAUCACAGUUUAUAAUGAAUGGUGUAUGUGUGAUAUGGCGGGGUUGGGUGGACUUAAAUCGACUCGAUGGAGUAGCAUGUUUAGAAUUUGACUCAGAACGAGCAGAGGUGGAAGCGGCGAUGCUGAGAGAUCAGAUAGAACAGUAUAACCGACGGCUGCGCGAGUUUGAGGAACGACAACGACAGUAUCGCCAGCAGCAGGAGAGACAGGCAGAGCAGGAAGCAGAGGUAGUAGAGGCUUUGUUGUGUAUAGCUGAAGAAGGCAAGCACUAGACUCUCACACCCCACCCUCCCCCUGCUAAACGCCAACCCAUAGCCACUUCAGACAAGAAAACUCACUCACAGCAAAACUUUUAUAACCUUGUACAAAACUUUUUUAAAUGGCAAUAAAGUAGAUAAAAAGUAUCGUUCGGCAGCACAGAAAGUUUGUAUAGGGAAGUGUGCACUUUACUGGGUUUAUCUAGCUUAGGUUAGUGUUUGGUCGAGAAUCUUGGACUGACCACAGUUGACUGAGGCGUGGCGGGGAAGGGACCGGGCCUGCAUGCUGUGUUAUCGUUGUGGUAUUUCAUACCCUGACAGACGCUUCAUCCACUGUUUUACACCACUUUCAGGGCCAGCUAUGGGAUGACGAGUGGAGUUAAGCCUGUGUCACCAUGCAUGUUUUCUCCGUUAUCAUGGGGGACACAUUCAGUGUUGUGCAAUCGCCUCGGAUUUCAGUCCGUUUGUCCGUGCUUCCUUCCUGGAGGUGCAGACCACCUCCUUCCUCUGCUCCAGUGACUGUUGUAAAGUGUUGUCAAGGCAAAAUAUUCUCUUUGACACUUGUGAUAUUAUUUUUUCAUUAUUAUUUUGAUUUCAUUUUUUGUCUCAAAUUUUCAUUUUUUGGAAUUUAUGUGGCCACAAUAUUUCAUUUGAACAUGAAUUAUUUAGAAUGCCUAUUGUUUCUCACUGCCAACAUUUUGUUUAUGAAUGCUUUUCUGUUGUUUUAAUUUCAUGUUUGUUCAGUAUUGUGAGAUUUUGAUGUUGUAAAUGGUGUAAAGAUCAUACAAAAAGUGUUGUAUUUAACAUUUCUUAGUCCAUAUGAAACUUUCUAGUCAUAUGAAAUGGACCAAGAUGUUUGAAGGUAGAUUAUUUGGUCACUUUAAUAAUUCAUGCAAUGCCUCAGAAUGCAACCUAUAUAUGUAGAGAUUCAUUUAGGGAGAUGAUAUAUUAGUGAUAUGUAAAUAGGAAAAUCUACUUUGCAUUAAGUUUGAGUAACUUUGUAAAACUUUAUUGACCUCUACAUAUCUGUGAUGGAGUGAAAGUGUCUGAAUAAAAGACUUAUCAUAUAAACUGACAUAUAGUGUUUAAAUGAAGUGCUGAAAUUGUAUAAAAAUGUAAGAUAUGUGAGUGAGAGUGAUAAAUAUGAUGAGAAUUGUGAAGUAGAAUUGGAGAGAAGUUGAGAAAACUUGAAUAUGAGCCCCCCUCUUGAAGAGCAACAGAUUUGAGUGUAGCUAUCCACAAGCCAACCCUCACACUCAUUCCUAUACUCUAAGAUGUGUAAAAAAUCAAUAAAUUCUUCAAAAAAGGUUAGAGUUAUCUCCCUUCCUAGUGUUGAUAUGAUACUGCUGGAUUUUAACAUAAAAUUCUAUAUAAAGAUUAUAUAUAUGAAUGGUUUAUUUUUUGUAAAAUUAUUAUAACCUUUC